AUGAGGGUGUUUGAUGCUACGAUGGGGGCAUCAAGCCCGGUUGCGUCGCAUGAGAGUGACAGUGCGUUCCUGCGCGAGAUCACGGACCUGACGGCGCCCGGCCAUUAUACACACAUUUCCCAAUGGACACUACAGAAACGACUCUGGCGCUUCCGCACCUCCCGCCUUGGUCGCCCCACGCGACGCUCGAAGGUGGCACCACACCACCACGGUGAAGACGAGCACGAAGAGAGCGAAUCCGGUAGCGGCAAUAGUGAUUCCUGCUGCGGCCUUUGCUCAUGGUGGCGACGAGACACGAGGAGCAAGGAGGAACAUCAUCAUCGUCAUCAGUCCUUCGGCUUCGCCAUGACAACGGGGCCGAAGCACUUUUUCCAGCGCAUCGUUCGACAGCACCCUGUGCUUGCAAUGUGCAUGUGGGCAUUUCUCUUUAUAUGCGAGGCCACAAUGGUUGUGCUGUAUGUUGUACAAACGACGCGCUCAUACGACGUGUCGUGGGUGCAGUACGAGGAGUCGGAGUUCACGCGGUUUUUCUACGCUCACACGAUACUCUCACUCGUGUUGCUCUCACAACUUGUGUUUGCGUAUUCGGUGUCGCCCUUCACCAUAGCUGUUGUGCUUGUGACGUCAUGCUAUCAGCUCAUCACGUUCGUUGUUGCGUUUGGCAAGGGAUUGGGGUGGGUGAGCCGCCUAUACGUGCCGCUCUUCCUCCGCUGCUGGCCCAUGCGACAGUACUUUCUCUUUCUACUCGACUCCUUCGCGAUGCUGACGCCGCGUAAUCACCGUCUUGACCUGAUUCGACUUGCGGCUGGUCCUAUUUCAUUCUUCCUCACAAUGUUCUUUACAUGGGGUUGUAUCUUCCAUAUACAUCAGGUGCUCCGCGGUACAGAGAUCAAUAUCGGUGUCGCAAUGUAUUGGCUCAUGGUGACGGUGUCAACGGUCGGCUUCGGUGACGUUGUUCCGCAGGGUCGUGACGGCCGUGCCAUUGCAAUAGUUAUCAUAUUUCUCUUCCUCGCCAACAUGCCGUCGUGGAUUGCGGUGGUGAUAUCAACGAGACGUAUUCUGCGCGAGUUUCCCACCUACAAUGGCAGGCGGGACCACUUCCUCGUCUAUGGCCACGUGAGGUACGAGGACGCGGUGUCGAUUCUCGAAGAAGUGUUCACCUUAUAUCCAAUGAAGUCUGUCUGCUUCUGCAACAACAAAUUCUCCCGCGAUGUGAUGGCGAUCGGUCGCCACCCGCGGUACCGGAUGCGCAGCAAAUUCAUGCAGGUGGGUGUGCUUGACAAGGGGACGCUGCGGCGCAUGCAGGUAUCGGAGGCCGCCGCGGUUAUCAUUCUCCCCACCAGGGACGGCGCCCCGACGACACGCGACGACGACGUCAUGCUGUCCUCUGUUGUGUUCCAGCGUCACGCACCGCAUUUGCCGCAGUAUCUGCGCCUGCGUUUCGGCCUGCACGCGAGACUCUUGCGGGAGCGCAAGAAGACUAUGAUUGAUCAGAGCAUGAAGACCAUCAUGGCGACGGCGUUGCUGCUGCCAGGCGUUGUGCCGUUCCUUGUGAAUUUGGUGCGAAUCUCCUCCGCUUGUGGCACCUCCUCACCGACGCUGUGGAAGGUGAGCGAGAUGAACAAUUGGAAGGCGUUGUACGAGUACAGCAGGCGCAACAUCUUCGGCACGUGUCCCGUGCCUUGGUACUUUGUGCACCUUCCACUGAUGCGGGUUGUGCGGUACAUGAAGCUUCACGACGUGCUCGUUGUAGGCGUGGAGGAGGGCUCGCGUAAGUUGAUGCGCCUCGACCUCGACUAUGUCCUUGAAGAGGGCGAUACGUUACUUGUGCUACACGAGCGGGGUAGCGACAGCGUCACUCGCGCACUUGUCGCUCUAGAGCCACAGGGUGGCGCCAUUGCCAGCACCUUCGCCGGCGCCAGCAGCCCGGUGGCGGGCAGCGCGUCGUUACAGAUGCACGGCUCACCCGGUGCGUCGCAGCAGGACCUAUUCGAGUUUGAGUUGGAGGACUCCGGCACACCAAUGGAUGACUCCAAGCUGUUUUACCCAUUCAACAGGAGUUUUGACUUGCUAGACGCCGCGGCGGAUGAGACCCUGCCCAUUUUGCACGGUGGGAAAUCCGGAUUAUAUUCGUCGCGGCACAGGACUUCCCAUCGUGAAUUAAACCGCUACGAGACAGUUCAGGAUCUGCGGCGGCAACUGAUGCAGGCUUCGUUUGUGGAGAAGAAACCAGGCGGUGUGCCGCUCAACGAGCUUCCGCUCGGUGGCUCGCUGGCGGUCUUGAAGGAGUUGCUAAACUGCUACAACGCGGCAGUUCCCGAGGUGUGUGGUACGGGCGAUUCCAGAGAGCGGCUGGAGCAUCAGAUCAACGACAUUCUCGCACAUGUAGCAGAAGAGUAUGUCAGCGGCGCUGGGGACAAAGACCCUAUGGAGAACUUUUUGUUUAUUGACCAGGUGUCGUCCUUCCUGCAACCACCCAUGCAGUCCAUCUACGACAAACACCUCAAUGAUGUGGUCUCUAGGUAUGAACUGCUCCAGAUGAUGCAGUGCAUACAUGCCAUUCACUCCCAAUCGCGCAUGACGCUCCUCAGCUCACAGAAACUUAACCGCAGAUUCCUCCAUUGGUGGGAGAAAUCAUUCGGCUCACCUCUACGCUACAUCCGCGGCCUGAGUACGCUCGAGUCGCACCUAGAUUACGCCAUAACACAGAGUGGUGGUAUCUCGAAGCUGCGUGGUAUUCUUCUUUACUGCUCGCAGCUCGGCUCGUGGGACUUUGCUGAUGUGCCGCUCAUCACUGUUGAGAACAACAUCCGUGCCCUGCUGGAGUGGGCGGGGACGCAGCAGAAGAAUGAGUCCGCAAAGGUGGGCAAAACGGCAUCUGUGACGGAGCAGAACGUCGUGGUGGAGUUGCNGCGGGGACGCAGCAGAAGAAUGAGUCCGCAAAGGUGGGCAAAACGGCAUCUGUGA